AAAAUUAUAACCAAAUAAUAAAUUAAAAAUAAAAUAAAAAAAUCCUCGGGACGAACAUCUUCCCCACCUUCUUCUUCUUCAACUCAAAAACUUCCAUCUUUCUCUCUAGAUCAAAUUUAAAAAAAAACGUUUGUGGGUUCUGAUCAUAUGUUCUUUAUAGUUGGUUGAUAUGAUUCUCAUUGGUUGAAGUUCUAGGCUUCUACCUUUCUCGAGGGUCCCAUUAGUGUGAUUUCCUCAGAUCUGAUUGGUCCGAUUCUAUUUUUUAAUUUUGUUUUGGAGUUUUUUUCUAGUUGCUGUGUAAGUUCGGACACGAGACACAGAAACCUUCAAUCAAAAAAUGUUGACACACGACAGAGAUGAAGAACUCUCUAUGUUCCUUGAGAUGCGUCGACGCGACAAAGAACGUAGGGGAGAAUCUCUUUUAACAGGAUCUGAUAGUACUAGUAUCAACGGAGCGCUGACGACUGCGCUCUCUGGUGUCUCUGAAAUGGUGUCGUCUCAACGUUAUCCUCUCCGGAGAACGGCAGCAGAGAACUUCUUGUACUCAGAGAAUGAGAAAUCCGAUUACGAUUGGCUGCUUACGCCUCCUGGAACGCCGCAGUUUGAGAAAGAGUCACAUAGGAGCGUAAUGGAACAGAGUGAUGCUCCCAGUUCUCGCCCCACGAAUCUUAAAUCUCGGCUAGGGAACUACCGUGAAGAUAUCGUCUCAGGGAACAAUAACAAGUCCCUAAUGUCAUCGUCGUCCUCUGUAGCUGGACUCAGAAGACCGUCUUCAUCAGGUAGCUCAAGGUCGACGAGCAGACCUUCUACACCAACUAGAAGGUCUACAACCCCAACCACCUCCACAACAAGGCCUGUGACAACCACUAGAGCUUCAAACUCUAGAUCGUCAACACCCACCUCACGUGCAACAUUAACUGCUGCACGUGCUACUACCUCCACAGCAGCUCCACGCACCACAACAUCUAGAUCAGCUACUCCAACUCGGACUAAGACUCAGCCUUCUUCCGCACCUUCUAAAAAACCUUUAUCAAGGCCGGCAACGCCAACCCGCAGGUCUCCAACCCCGACCGGUCCAUUAAUAGUUUCGAGUAAAGCUCCGUCACGAGGGACUUCUCCAACUCCAACAGUGAAGUCAUCGAAGUCUUGGAAGCCGCGGGAGAUGCCUGGUUUCUCUUUAGAAGCCCCACCGAAUCUGAGGACAUCUGUAUCAGAUAGACCAGUCUCAGCUACAAGAGGCAGACCUGGAGUGGCCUCAGCACCAGGCUCAAGAUCUUCUUCCAUAGAACGUGGCAACGGCGCCAUCAGUAAUGGCGCCGGACACGCAAGAAGACAAUCUUGCUCCCCGUCGAGAGGCCGGGCUCCUGUAGGGAACACCAACGGGAGCCUGCCAGGUGCACGUGGGCGAGGAAAGGCCAACAACGGCGAUAGCCCAGUGGCUAUGGGUAAUAAAAUGGUCGAGCGAGUGGUGAACAUGAGGAAACUAGGUCCACCACGGCUAACAGAAAGCGGCGGUCGAGGAACCUCGAAAUCUAGCUCUGCUUUUAACAGCCUUGGCUAUGGGAGAAACCUCUCCAAGAGCUCCAUCGAUAUGGCCUUGAGACAUAUGGAUAUAAGACGAGGCAUGACAGGGAAUCUCCGACCGCUUGUCACGAAAGUUCCGGCAUCAUCAAUGUACAGCGUGCGAAGCCGGUCGAAUAGUGUCACCAACUCUCCGAUGGCUACGAGCAGCACUGUCAGCUCAUCCGAACCGAACUUUGACAACAUCAACAUUUUGUGCUUAGAUGGGAACGAUGCCGAAAACGAUGAUCUUCUUAGCGAGAGAAGCUUUUCUUCUCCGCGAGACCAGUUCCCCAAGUUCACAUCUUGAUUUAUAAUUACAAUAUAAAUCAUAUGUUUUUGUUUACUAUACUUAAACAACGUGUUUGUAAUCGAUCAUCCCUAAAGUCUAUGAAACUCAGGUAUCAAAUGUGUUUUGUUCUUCAUAAA